AAAACUUGAUUUAGUGUUAUUUUUGUCUUUUUCAACUUUUAAAUUCAAAAUAAAAUCCAUAUCGAUCCUACAAGUACUCUAGCUCCAAAAGAGACGAGACACAAGUUUCCUCAAAGUUUGGAGAAACACACUCUCUUCCUCGUGCCUAAUAAAAGAGACCAAAUCAAACUUGCAGGUCUCUACUCUAUAAAAAGCUCACACCAUACAGCAAACAACAACCAACCUCAUCAACAACAAAAUGUCUUCUUCUUAUUCUUCACUUACACUCUUCUUCUCCUUCGCUUCCACAUUCCUCUACACUUCAUCAAACUCAUUCAACAUCACAAACAUCUUAAACCAGAACAAUGAGUUCUCCACUUUCAACAACCUUCUCACCCAAACCAACCUCGCCUCCGCCAUCAACUCCCGUCAAACCAUAACCGUCCUCGCCCUUUCCAACGACGCAGUGUCCCACUUCUCCGACCAAUCAGCCGAAGACAACAAGAAAGUCCUCAGCCUCCUCAUCAUUUUAGAUUACUACGACAUCAAGAAACUCAGAAGCCUGAACAAAAAAUCAGUAAUACUCACCACUCUCUUCCAAGCAAGCGGCCAAGCCAAAGGCGAACAAGGGUUCGUAAACGCAACCGUUAUGAACAACGGUGACGUUAUGUUUGGAUCUGCGGUUCCUGGAUCUAUCCUUGACUCUAAGCUUAUAGACUCUGUUGCCACACACCCAUAUAACAUCUCGGUGCUUCAUAUUAGUAGCUACAUACGUUUCAUGAAUCCUGAUGGUUCAUUUGAUGUUGGUUCAUCAUCUAAACCACUUCCUCCACAACCUCCUAAUGAUGAUGAUUAUGAAUUUGACGAGCCACCAUCCCCACCUUCCUCUACUACUAAGCCCGUUGUUGCUGAUGCUACUGCCGCUACUGCUAAGCCACCUUCUGCUGCUACCGCUAAGCCACCUUCUGCUGCAAAAGCCAACUCAACAAGUGGAGUUUCAGCGAUUAAUGCUCCUAACUUUGCGUCUGCGUUCGUGGUCUCAUCAUUUUGGUUGUUCAUGACGGUCUGGUGAUGUGAUGGUUAAGACUUGACGGCGAUGAAUAACAGGAUGCAAGAAUCAAAAAUAUCAGAUCAGCUUUUUGAGAGCCAGAAAAAAAGAGGAGAUUGGAAGAAAAGUUUUUCACCAAAAACACAAAGAACAGUUCAAGCUUCACAAGUUCUAUGGAAUAAAGGCAACAAUAUCUCUAGAAGAAAUAAAGUGAUUGAUGAUUCAAUAAGGAUAGAGGAAGUUGUAAAACCCAAAAGUUAUUUAUUUGGAUGCUUGGCUAAGUUGUAAGAGAUUUCAAUUGGAAGCCAAUAAAGAAACACAAACUUGCACGGCUUUUCUUAUUACAAAUGGUGCCUUGUUGUUUGGUUGCAUUAUCCCAAACAAUUUUCUUAAAAUCAGUUUAAAUCAUUGUAAAUCAAUUUAAACUGUUUAAAAUCAGUUUAAUUCGAUCUAAUCUAAUUUUUAUCUGUUUAAUUAAAUAAUAAUAUUACUAUGAAUCCAUAAUUUUGUCUAUUUUUAGUUUUAUAUAUCUAAUUUUAAUAAUUCAUCAAAAUAAUAUUAUAAUAAAAUCCAAAAUCUAAAAUAUUUUUUAUAAAUAUUUAAUAUACAAAAUAAAUUAAUAAUUUGUUAACGCCUAUGCGAAGUUAUAAUCAAUAUAGUUGCUAGUCUUUCUAUCUUUCUACCAAUCUUUUUAAUAUUGGUUACAUGUAUAAUAAAGGAAACAAAGUAAUGCAAACAUUAGAUUAAAGAUGUUUAUUACUUUAAGCUAUGAAAAGGCAAAAGCACCACAAGAACAUGAAGCACAUUUGACAUCCAUGUCUAUCCCAAAAACCAACAACAAAGUCUUCAAAGACAAGGAAACAAAACUCAGGUGCUAUACAUGCAGAGUGUUUUUGAUUAAAGGGAAACAAAAAAAAGAAGAAAGCGAGUGCAGUAAAAUUUUCUCUUCAUUGAGUCAGUGAUGUAAUCCGUUUCCAUUGCUAUACACAUUGCCAUUCUGGUAAACUUUCCCCGUUGUCGUUCCAUUGGCCACUCUAGUUGUUGAAACUUUGCUCACCUUGCCACUUGCUUGCAGAACUGCCUCUAGACACCCAGACGCUGCUGCUAUAAGACCUGUUUGUAUCAAAGUGUUUUCUUAGCAAGCCCACAAAAAACCAUCAAAUACAGGUUCUUGCCAUUAUGCUAUAUAACCGA